AUGGCAAUGGAGUUCAACCCAAGCCGUUCAGUCUUGCACAACGAGGACUGCGACAUCCACUACUGGUUCCAAGGCAAAGGCCCGCUCAUUGUCUUCAUCCCAGGAGGCAACGGCCAUGGACGGCAGUAUGACACAAUCAUCACCGCGUUGUCGGAUAGAUACACCUGCGCCACAUUCGACCGUCGCCAAAUGUCCGCGAGCCAAGCCAAGGUGAACAAGAGGCUCCACCCACCACAGCAAGCCCGAGAUAUUCGCGCCAUUAUCAAGACCCUCGGCUUCGACAAAGCCACUCUCUUCGGGAGUAGCAUGGGCGGUAUUCUCGCGUUCCAGUUCGCCAUCGACUUCCCUGACAUGGUCGAGCACAUCAUCUCCCACGAAGCGCCGACCUUCAUGCUGUUACCCAACGCCACCGAGAUCUUUGAAUUCUUGUAUAAUUGUCUCGAGAUAUAUGAGGCUUUGGGCGUCGAUGCUGCGCAGGCGGAGUUCAGCUCCAGACUUGUCGGUUACUUUGACGAAGGCGUUCCUCGGACGGGGCCGUCGGAUCCGAUGAACCCCCCUAAUCACUGGGCCAACGAGUUUGCCGUCUUGCUGGGCUAUUUGCCGAGUUUGUAUCGCAUCAAGGAGAACGGGACGAGUGUCGGGUUGAUGAGGGGCAUUCGGAGCAGAGAGGCGUGGUACGCCCAAGCGGUCGAUGAGCAGGCAAAGAUCCUGGAGUGUCCCAAGCUUGACGUCGCAGGUGCCCACGAGGGCUUCCGAGUCGAAUGCGAGGCGUUUCUCCCCUACUUUGUCGAGUUGAUGGAGAUUCUGGAGGGAGAAAGGGGGGAAAGCUCGUGA